AUGACGUAGCGCUGGUUUGAUUCCGUUUCGCGGGAAACAGCAGCAGUGACUAUUAGGUUUCUUCUACACUGGAGAUAUAAACUUUAACCGUGUAGAAUAUCGGGACCGAGCGAUAUUUAUAAGUCUUACGGUGUCUAUAUGCUCCAUUAAACACCAGUUCUAGGUGUAAAUGUAAUGGAAAUGAGUGAAUUAGCAGCUGCGGCUAGUUUAGCUAUAGCAGUACAGUAAUAGUGUUUAGCUUGCUAGCGUUCACACAGGAGUCUCAUUCAGUGGCACAGACUCCGGCCAUUCACUGGGGUCUGUCGGUCUGUCUGUCUGUCGGUCGGUCGGUCUGUCUGUCGGUCUGUCUGUCUGUCUGUUUGUUUGUUUGUUUGUUGUUUCACACCAUGGCUGAAAGCUUGCUCAAAGAGUGUCCUUUAUUGGUUGCGCUGGAUAAAGAGAAAACUGUUUACGAUGGUUUUAUCACAGUACAGGAAAGAGACUUCCGGUUAAGAAUAACGCUGCCUCCAGACCAGCAGCUGAAACAGGCAAAAUUGCACUGCUGCUGGGAACUGAAACAGCUGCUGAAAGACCAUCAGCACAUCCUAAAACAGAGGUUACAACAUUCUUCGGAUUUGGUCGGGUUUAUUCUGGAGCUGAGGACCGUAUUGGAAGUAGCAUUGAAAAGGCAGUCAGGCUGGCAGUCCAUCCCACCACCUCAGUACUAUUCACAGCUCAUCACAGAGAUCGAGAGUUUAGGAUGGGAUAAGCUGAUCUUCAUCGACACUGACUUCCACACGCUUAAGCUGAAGGCAGAGGACUCGUCUCAUCGUCAGCACAUCUUUACUGUCAAGCUUAAAUCAAAGUACCCAGCAGAAGCUCCAGAAUGUUCUGCACACCUGCCUGUCCCUCUGGUCAUUACAUGGAGCCCACAGAGCAAUUUAGCCCACAUGCAUAGCCAGUUCCUGCUGAUUGUGGAGGCUUUGGCUGAAUUCUGGGCAGUGAUGGAUGAGAUUGAUGAGCACACCUGGGUGCUGGAACCUGAAAAACCCAGCAGAGCAGACACGAUGAGAAGGAUCGCUAUUGGAAACAACGUCUCCAUAAAGGUUGAGAUCGACCCCAGGCACCCGAAGAUGUUGCCAGAAUGCUGCCUGCUUGGAGCCGAGCACGUGGUAACCCCUCUGAGGAGCAAGCUGAACGCUAACAUGCAUUUAUGGAACCCCGACUGCAGCGUCCUGCAGAACAUGAAGGAUAUUAUGGAGAUAGAAUUCCCGUCACCUGCCACCCACGAAAAAUCUAGUUUUAGCGUGGAGUGCGGCAUCUGCUAUUCAUAUCGACUGGACUCUGCCAUUCCAGAUCAGGUGUGCAACGAUCCACGCUGCGGGCAGCCUUUUCAUCAGGCCUGUCUCUAUGAGUGGCUGAGAGGUUUGCCCACCAGUCGGCAAAGCUUCAACAUUGUGUUUGGAGAAUGCCCUUACUGCAGCAAGCCCAUCACUGUGAAAAUGGCCUUUCAAAAACCGUGACCACUCUGUAAAAUGGCUGCCAUGUUUCAGAAGGACAAGAAAUAAUGUUAUACUGGAAUUGAAAACUAAACACCAUGUGUUUAAAAGACAAUAAAAGCAACUAGAAAAAGGAAGAGUGCAACAGUAAUGAUGCAUGCAUAAAUUUUCGAACUCUGCCUAUCGUUCCUGUUGCUCUGUGUGUUGUAGUACACAUUUGCAUUCAACUGAUGUCCAUUAUAAUCAAUUUCCUUCCAGCGGUUAUAUUUUUGUUUGUCCCAGUAGUCCUCCAUUUCGCUGAUUCUUGAGCAGGAGUCUUCCCACGAGUUGUAAUAUCUUCUCCCGCGGUCAGUAGCAUCAGGGCUCAAAUCCCGACGCUCUGGCUUACUGUGCCGUUUCCACGUUUGCGGCCCAUCUUCGCCUCUUCUCCUCGUUCCAAAUACUGGAGUGAACUUUUAUACCAAAAUAUAGAUAGUAAAGAGUGCAUUGCAUUUUUUUUUUUCCAUAUCAGAUAUAGUAGGUAGUGUAAUAGUGAUUUUCUUCCUCGAUUUCAGUAAACCAAAAACAAGCAUGCAAUAUAGAUUCCUUUUCUAUAUGUAGAUACAUAUAAUUAAAAUGUAUUUGUUCACUGAUAUAUCCAUAAAAUUGGAAUCACUUAGUUUAUUCUUUGUGUUUGUGAGAGGCAUGCAUUACUUGUUCAUGUCUCUGCCUGUGCUUUGUGCCUUCUCUUGUUUUGGGGUGGAAUCUUGGCGGCAAAGGUUCAUGUUCGUCAUCCUGGUCUUCAUCACUGUCUGCAUACCUAGACCACGCACGUGUGUCAGCUGCAGAAUUGGCCUUGUAGGGUUUCUAUGGUGAAAAAGUGAACCAUAAUUGACAGGUAUCAGAGGUUUUUUUAUUGUAUUUUAUUUUUAUAAAGAAAAAAAAAUUGAUUUCAUCCCUUA